AUGAUGAUUUGGAUUAUUCAAGUGGAAAAUGGAAGCCUUCUGAAUGUUAUCUUUGAGAAUGUUUCCAGUGCACCGAGAGAAUCCCCACGAUUCGAACUUACCCCUAGCAUCAAACACGAUUUUUUUACCAAUAUGCUUCUCCUAAGACCUCUACCUUUGUCCAUUAUUAAAGCCAUGCCAGAUGAACUGGGUGGAGGUCAAGCAGGAGUGGACUCUGCGCACGCGCAUCCAAAUCGCGAACCGAUCAUCUUUUGGCUCACAGUGGCGCUCUUUCUCUUUGUUGUGGUACUCAUCAUAUGCAUCCAGAUUAUUAACUGUUGCUUUUGCAAUUCCAAAAGCACGGCAGCACCACCUACUAAAUCUAGACGGAAGCACCUGGUGUGUCGCAUCAUAUUUAUCACGUUAUUGGCAAUCGAGCUACUCCUGGUGGCAGCGUCUGUGUUUCUCCUAGUGGUCUACUUCUGCAGUAUGGAUUUGGUCGUCUCCUACCUAAAGGCACAACCACAGACGUCACCAGAGCUGACGCACAUUCCCACUUCGCUGCCCGAUGGGCUGCAUGCCGUCUUGAUGCAUACCUCCGGCUUCAUCCGCGAAGGCAUCCAGUCUGGAAGGAUGCACACUAUCUCCACGGUUAAAACAUUUAAAAGAAAUGUCAGUGAGUUGGACAAAAGCAUUGAAGGCUUGUUAAUAAGUUUUAAAAUCAAAGAGGUGCUCAAUGUGAGCAAUAGCACCUUCCAGGUCUUUGAAAACUUCGUUUAUCCUGCAGAAGAUGCCAUCCAAAAAAUUAUUGGUGCAACAUCUUUUGUCGAUGAAAUUUCCAUUAAGAUGAAUUCAUCGAUGCAAUUAUUUAACAAAGCAUUUAGCAAUUUUUCACGCUGUGAUCAAACACCGCUUUGUCUGGAAUUGAAGAACGCAACGGAAAUUUCGUUUUUUUCAAUGAACUAUACGUCACUUGAUACGAAGACCAUGGAGCAAGUUAUGCGAACCUUGAACGACACCCUCCUACAACUUCACAAUCAACUAAAUCAGGUCAAUUCUCUUGUUGACAUCAUUCACAAUAAGACAAAUGACAUUCUUCUCUUAAUAGAAGCAGAAAUGGACUUUGACCAAAUCUUUAGUUCCAUUGAUAACUUUUGGAUGGAUGUUAGUCUGCAAGCCGAUGACUUUGUACAUCAGUUCAAUCUUAUCGUUGAUUCGUUUGAACGGCAUCUUGGAAAGGCUAUCGGACCUAUAAAAACUACAUUGUACUGUGUUGGUGGAUGUCUCACUAUCAUCAUACUUUUCGCGACAAUCGUUACCAUUUGUGUGAUUUACCACGUAACUCGUAGUGGCCUUUCAUUCGAUUCUGGUAAAGGAUGCUUAUACCUAGUCCGAGAAAGUGCUAUAAAUAAAACGGAUUUCAUUUUGAACGGCUACGUGGCACAACACUGGAACUUGCUUAUCCACAGUGCUAUCAGUGAAGUGGGCGAUUUCGUGUUCACGGCUUCACCGAAGAACCCGCUUUUCUCACUGGCAAAGACCUGCAACACCAAGGCGAGUCGUCAUAAAGUUGGGCUUCUUUCUGCUCUUGGCUACUCGAAUAUGGUUAAUACUUCGCAAGUUGUAAGUAGCUCAGCAGUGACUCAAGGCUUUGCAAAGGGAAAAGAGAUUGUACUUCAAGAACUUCAAAGAAUAAAUAUUCCUGGAACACUACCUGAUGUGUCUCAGUUGGCCCAUGCGAAGGAGGAACUAAAUGAUACCAUGAAGGCCCUGGAUUUAAAUUCAAUCCUCAAUUUACUGGACCCAACGAUGAUCAACACUGCAGAGGUCGCUAAAUUUAUGGCUGCGUUAAUAGUCUUCAUUGAGAGCGAUGCAAUUUUAGAUAGGGAUGAAUUCAACGUUGGAAUAAAUUCGUUGAUUGAAGUGGUCGAAAAAAUGGAUGCAUUCAAAUUGUACGCAAAUGAGACCCUGCAAUCUAUUCUUAACAUAAACGGAAGAACAGACGGAGUAAUCACUUCUUUUGACACCGUCUUCACAGCUUUUAUAGACUUUCUUAAAGUUGGCAAAAACGAAUCCACACUAAUGGCAGAGGUAGAAAAGCAGUACGAUGCUGCUGUGGUGGGUUUAAAAGAAUUCAUGAAAGUUGAUGGCGAUCGGGUCUUUGCGCGGCUGACACAGAAGCUGCUGCCCUGCAGCGAAGCCCAUGCAGCAUACACCGUGGCGAUGGAAGUGACUUGUGGCGAGUCUGGGGUUGUGAAGCAUCUUCUCGGCCUCGUCUACGUGCUUGCCCUCAACGUUGUCUUUCUAGUCCUACUCUACCUUGGCCUAUUAAACCUUGCCAACUUCCACACUCUCCAAGUUCAUUUUCCUGUCGGUGAAGCUGCCAGCGCUGGCGGGGACGAUGGAGAGAAAUCAACCACCUCCAGCAGCUGCAAAGAUGAGAAAUUACCUUAA